AUGAACACGUAUUUGGAUGUGAACACGCCGGAAGAUCUCGUUCAACAUCUUUUCCUUUCGUUUGUACUUUUAAGUUCGACAACCGCUUGUGCCGCAAUAACACCAUAUACAACAACAACAAAAGGAGCUGUUGGAGCUCCAGGUUCCGUCCCGAACGUAGCAACCUGCGUCGUCGAUUUCGGUAGAGAUUUGGAAUUUCACAGGCCUUUGGGAAGCCUUUUCAGCGGUUUUACUGAAAAAUUACAAUCUCUGGGUUAUCAUAAAAGCGAAAUCGAAGGAAGAACGAGAACAGGAAGCGUCGGAGCUGCCGUUCAUCCAAUGUUAACGGUAACGCAUAAUUCGUAUUCCUGCCACGAAGUAUUGGAAAAAAAAUCAACGGAUUCGAGUCCGAGUCACAGUCCGAUAUCGAGAAAUUCUUCGAAAAAAUCAAGUAAUUCCGCAUUGGUUGUGAACAAUGACAAAAGAGAAGAUGGUAAAAUAAUUCAAGAGCCUCCAGUUGAUAUAAACACGUUAAGGGUAUCACUCAAGGAUAUCGCUUGUUAUUUAUCACUUUUGGAAGGUGGACGACCGGAAGAUAAAUUAGAAUUCAUGUUUCGACUCUACGACACGGAUGGAAACGGAGUCCUCGAUACAAACGAAAUGGAUUGUAUCGUCAAUCAAAUGAUGAACGUGGCAGAAUAUUUAGGUUGGGACGUCACGGAAUUAAAACCAAUUUUACAAGAUAUGAUGAUAGAAAUUGAUUAUGAUGCUGAUGGUACUGUUUCGUUAGAAGAAUGGACGAGAGGUGGUAUGACAACAAUUCCAUUACUCGUACUUUUAGGAUUAGAUUCGAACGUCAAAGAAGAUGGAAAUCAUUUAUGGCGAUUAAAACAUUUCAGUAAACCUGCCUAUUGUAAUUUAUGUUUAAAUAUGUUAGUCGGUUUAGGAAAAAAAGGAUUGUGUUGCGUUUUUUGUAAAUAUACUGUUCACGAAAGGUGCGUACAAAGAGCUCCGGCUAAUUGUAUAGCAACAUAUUCCAAAUCGAAAAAAACUCCGCAUUUAAUGGCUCAUCAUUGGGUAGAAGGAAAUUGUCACGGUAAAUGCUCAAGAUGUCGAAAAACUGUUAAAAGUUAUAAUGGAAUAACCGGAUUGCAUUGUAGAUGGUGUCAGUUGACGCUUCACAAUCGAUGUGCAAGUCAAGUCCCACCGGGUUGUACUCUCGGAGAGAACCGUCCACAUAUAAUACCUCCUACUGCCAUUUGUCCUGUUGUUUUAGACAGGCAAAGAUCUAUAUCAAAAGACCAACAAAGAAAAUCAAUACAUAGAUCCGAAAGUCAAACUCCUGUUUCCGACACAUCUUCCAACAGCAUCGCUCUCGGACAACCUAUGUCGUUUCAAAUAAAUCCGAUGGAAGGUACGAAACCAUUAGUAGUUUUUAUAAAUCCGAAAUCCGGCGGACGACAGGGUGCCAGAAUCCUACGAAAAUUUCAAUAUUUACUAAAUCCUCGUCAGGUUUAUAAUCUUGCCAAAGGUGGUCCCCUCCAAGGUCUUCAAUUAUUUAAAGACGUUAAAGAUUUUAGAGUUUUGUGUUGCGGGGGUGACGGAACCGUCGGAUGGGUUUUGGAAACAAUGGACAAAGUACAAUUCGAAUGUCAACCUCCCGUCGGAGUCAUUCCAUUGGGAACGGGAAAUGAUUUAGCAAGAUGUUUAAGGUGGGGCGGUGGAUACGAGGGCGAAGCCAUUUCUAAAUUAUUAAAGAAAAUAGAAAAAGCAUCCAUAGUUAUGUUGGACAGGUGGCAAAUUGACGUCACGGAAGAUCCUUCGGUAGAUCCGAAAGAAAUCGGAGAUCCCAUUCCUUAUAAUAUAAUAAAUAAUUAUUUUUCCGUUGGAGUUGAUGCUGCGAUUUGCGUGAAAUUUCAUUUAGAAAGGGAAAAAUGCCCGGAAAAAUUCAACAGCAGAAUGAAAAAUAAAUUGUGGUAUUUUGAAUUUGCAACAUCCGAAACUUUUGCCGCCAGUUGUAAAAAUUUACACGAAGACUUGGAAAUAAUCUGUGACGGAGUGUCAUUGGAUUUAGCAAAGGGUCAGUCCCUUCAGGGCAUCGCACUCCUCAAUAUUCCUUACACCCACGGAGGUUCGAAUCUAUGGGGUGACAAUAAUUCAAAGAAAAGAAGUUUUAACAAGAAACUGUCCACUACGAGUUUUACGUCGGUUGAUCUCAGUUUAGCUUAUCAGGACAUAGGAGACGGGUUGAUAGAGGUUAUCGGAUUGGAAAGUAGUUUGCACAUGGGUCAAGUACGAACGGGAUUAAGAGCAUCCGGAAGAAGGUUGGCUCAAUGUUCCCACAUCGUUAUUAAAACUAAAAAAAGAUUCCCGAUGCAAAUCGACGGAGAACCGUGGAUGCAAAAUCCCAGCACCAUACGAAUUACCCAUAAAAAUCAAGCUCCCAUGUUAAUGGCUCCUCAACCCGAGAAAAAAAAAGGAAUUUUUAGUUUUUUCAAAAAGUGGCAUAAUUAA